AUGACAUCGCUGAACGCUGUAGACAUCAUUGUCGAGCACAUUCUCACGAAUCUUGCAGCGCUGCCGCAGCGACCGCUCUUCGUCGCACUUCAAGGCCCACAGGGAUCUGGCAAGACCUACACCACAUCGCGGGUAGCGAAAGCUCUGGAGAGCGCAUCCGUGCGCACCGCGACGCUUUCAAUCGACGAUCUGUACCUCCCGCAUGAUGGUCUCAUAGCGCUCGCAUCGUCUCAUCCGGAUAAUGGGUUGCUUCAUGGGCGCGGGCAGCCUGGAACGCACGACGUGCCUCUCGGCGCGCGGGUGCUAGCUGCUUUGAAGUCUAUCAACCAUUCCGGACAGAAUGUACGACUGCCAUCGUUCGAUAAGAGUCAGUACAACGGCGAGGGUGAUCGCGUACCCGAGGCGGACUGGACUCCCGUCAAGGGACCUCUGGACGUUGUGCUCCUUGAAGGCUGGUGUGUUGGAUUCUACCCGCAGGCAAGAGCGGAUAUCGAGAGAGCUAUGAGCGAGACUCCCGCUGGUCUUGAAGAUAUAUUCGAUCUGGGGCAGUACUCGCUUGAGCACGUGCUUGAAGUGAACGAGCUGCUCGCACAGUACGUCAAAUGGUGGGAUAUGAUCGAUGUAUUCAUACAGAUCCGGCCUGAAGCGAGUAAACCGUACGUGCAUAUAUACAAAUGGCGCCUCCAGCAAGAACAUGCCAUGAAGGCGCAGAACGGUGGGAAAGGAAUGACGGACGAGCAGGUGAAGAGGUUCAUCGAUCGCUACAUCCCCGGUUACCACUUCUUCGGCCGGGGCGUCGUGGCGGGUGGCGUGCUUCCUGCUACUGGCGAGCGCGUUUGGCCCCCUUGGCUGCCCAAUCUUGCGCCUGUCCACCCCGUAUCUGAGGCCAGUCAGUUCAGACCGCCGAGACUGUUACAGAUCACCAUCGGAGAAAGUCGCGAAGUCCUCGACUUCAAGGGUCUGUGCAGGAUCAGUGGCGUGGUCGAGGAAGGAGAAUCCCCGAGAGCAUAG